AUGGUAACGCAAAUGCACCGUCUUGAGCCCGAGUUUGCCGAUAGUGACCCUGAUGCGUACAUGCAAACGGUGCUGACACUGCUGCCCCGACUCUUGAUGGAGGAGAUUAACCUGAGAACUUUAGAGACUGCCGUUAUACUGGCGAGAUCGGCGUCAUUAUUGCUGGCCAUGGCUGUUCGGAUGUUGUAUACUCUUGGAGGAAACCGGUAUUAUGUCAUCCACGAGGCAGAAGGAAGACAUCUGCGGGCUCUAUUCUGGCUCUGCUAUGGUCUUGAUAAAGACAUGGCAAUCCGCUUUGGUUACCCUCCUUUGAUGAAAGACGAGGACUGCGACUUGCAGCUGCCCGACAACUACGUCUUAUCGUCUUCAGAUCACCAAUUCUUCAUCAAACCUUUGUCAUCUCAAGAGCUUCUAUUCCCCUCGGACAUUCGCCUUUCCUUGAUCAAGUCGAAAGUGUAUCAUCUUCUGUAUUCUGACUAUGGCUGGGAACAGCCCGAUGCCAGGCGCCUUCAGUACAUCCGCGAACUUGAUCAGGAACUACGUGAUCUGAAGUCGAGCUUCCCUGACAGCUGUUGGCCUGACUUGUUUGCAACCGAACCCAAUGCAUAG